AAGGGACGCAACUUGCAAAACCUGUCAAAAUAUUGUUUUAUGUUCUUCGUUGUCUGUCUGCUAAUUACGACUUACAGCAAUGUUCAUCAGAUAACUGAAGGAGUGGUGCUUUUUUGACACUAUGUAGAGGACUGUUGGACAUCAAUUCAUUACACAGAAUUGUUUUUAAACCAAGAUGGAAAGAAAUGUUGGGGCCCGUCUUCAGUCAAUGUUCCAGCAGCUGGAAAAGCUGGGAGGAAAGGCAGCCAAAAACCAGUCAGGCGAAGAUCUCCAGCAGAUGAGAUACGUUACAUGCAAAAUCUUCCAAAUCAUUGCCACUCAGGAAAAGAUUCACAGGGAUUCUGUAUUGAAGAACCAAGCCCAGCUUGACCUGCUUUUACAGACACUGAAGAAUGCAUCGGACAGAGCUGUGUUGGUGAACAUCAUCAACAUCUGCAGUGAACUGCUUGGGAAAACACAGGUUGGUAAGAAGGCGAGUGCAUUUGUGAGCGUGAAUGCGACCAACAUUGUGUUCCAGACCCUGGUACAGGAGGCUGAAGACAACUCGCCCUCGGAGGAAUUCAUGUUCACAUGUCAUCAGGUGCUUGCUAGAAUUGGACAGAAAGACCGAAAGUUUGCGUUAAAGGCCAGAUUGAACCGAGCCCUGCUGGUGACCUUGACAUUGAUCAAGAACAACCUGACCAAUUUCCGUAACCUCCAGGUUCUACUGCCGGUCUUCAAGCUCUAUACCAACAACAGUGUGAACUCAUCUUAUCUGGGAAAACAUAACACAAUUCCACCAAUUUGCAAGGUUGUCCUGCAGUGUAACAGGAAGCAUGCCUCCGUCCUGAAAUAUGGUCUAGACAUUCUCAACAACCUCACCAAGUCACGCAACAACGCUGCCCGAACUAUAGGAGGCGAGUAUGUGCCCCAUAUUCUUAUCCUGUACAACGACUGGCAUCACGCUGACACCAAACAUCGACAUGUGUCUAUCAGGAAAGGGCUGCUCAACAUCCUCAAGAACAUCACAAACCUACGCUCUGGUCGUAGGACCCUUGUUGAUGCAGGUGGUAUCCGUAUACUCUAUGAGAGUGCCCAGGAUGUUAUCGAGUGUCGUGAAAUGGAAAACCUCAUUCUCCUUGCCAGUGUCAUCAUGCGUAAAUGCUGCCCUCGAAACAAACUGCCUGUGUCACGGUUCAACAGUGUGGUCACCUUUGAAAGACCGGAGUCUGAACUAUAUCCAGUGGAAGGAGCUGAAUUAGCUUCAGAGCCCAAUAGCAGCCAGUCUAUGCUGGAUGGUGGUGAUAGUGACAACAGCUCCUUGGAAGAUGAUGAUGACAUUGACAGCGAUGAUGAACGUUUCAAAAAUGAGGUGGAUGAGAAUGAGGAUGAAGGAGGGGACACAACUCCUGAGGCCCACAAACGCUCCCCGGAGGAUCUCGCCAUGUAUAACCACCUGUUCCCUGAGUUGUUCGAGAUUGAAUUCCAGGAAGAAUCAAAUAGCGACUCCAUUGUCAUCCCCACUGGGUCACAGGAAAGCGGGCUUGAAAGGGGUGGCCGCAGGAGUAGCGAAAAACUGGCCACGAGAGCUGGCGUCAUUUACCCGCUCAACCCUGACAGUCUGCGCAAGUCUAGCUCUAGUCAUACUAUCUACCGGAUGCAAACUUGUGUCAGUGACUUUAAUGAUACGUCCGGUUACUCCAGUGGUCGGACUGGUACUACUGGGGGUGGGGUAGAUGUAGAGUACUUGGACAGUUAUGGUCGCUCAGAAUCUACUAUCAACAUGAAAACUGGUGCUAACGUAAUUUCCCUGGACUUUCCCACAUCAAACACUCCGUCUAACAAAUUGUCUGGUUCUAAAAAAGCUGCAGCUCAAAAAUCAAAGAAAUCCAAGGGCUCUAAAAAACCUGGCAAAGAUAAAAAGCUAAAGAAAUCUGUUACGAAAGACAGUUCUGAUAACAUAGCAAGUUUUACGAACUCUCUGUGUAUAACUCCGAUACCAAAUAUCGUAGAUCCGGACGAGGAAAUUGAACAGAAUCUUGUGUAUGAGGAUGAUGAUGAUGUGUUCGAUAUGCAACAUGAUCCUCUGAUGUACCAGGAGGUGGCCCGGCUUACCAAGAGUGUUUACAGGUUUGAAAAGAUAGCGUACCCCGACCUGUGUGGGAGUAUCUCGCCGUACGGUUUUGAGCCUCUCUACCACAGGAAAUUUGGAGUGCAAAGGUCCAAGGUAUUUGAAGACAUUGAUCGAAUGAUCCACCCAGAGCUUAUCAUAGAUCGAGACGUAUAUGACCUUGACCUUAUCAAGGCGAAGGCCGGGGUCAACUUUAUACCAGAUAACUCUGCAGUCUCGAACAGAGAUGAAUUCAGGGUUGGUUCUGCAGGGAGGUAUGAACCAGGACCUGAGACACUCAGGUUCAACUCCCAGUUUGAGUGCGGAAAUCUGAGAAAAGCCAUCUGUGUGCGAGACUUUGAGUAUGAUCUGAUCCUGAAUCCCGACGUUAAUAUCAACCAUCACCAUCAGUGGUUUUACUUUGAGGUCUCCAACAUGAUAUCUGGCUGUCCAUAUAGGUUCAACAUCGUCAACUGCGAGAAACUCAACUCACAGUUCAACUUUGGCAUGCAGCCAAUCCUGUUUUCCGUUAUGGAGGCCAUGGAAGGGAAACCAUUCUGGGUCAGAACAGGAACUGACAUCUGUUACUACAGAAACCACUUUACACGCAGCGCCACGGUUACGGGAGGAGUAAAGGGCAAAACGUACUACACAACGACAUUCACGGUGACGUUCAAACACAGCAGGGACGUCUGCUACAUGGCGUAUCACUACCCAUAUACAUUCUCAACACUUCAGACGCACCUGACCCUGUGGGAUCAGACGGUGGACCGGGAUGCGGUGUUUUUCCGACGACAGACACUCUGUGAAACAUUGGCAGGAAAUCCCGUCCCUGUAGUAACAAUUACUGCUCAGCCACGCACAGACAGCAGAGAGGACAUAGAGGAGUUCAAGAGCAGGCCAUACAUUUUCCUGUCAGGGAGAGUUCAUCCAGGGGAGUCAAAUGCCAGCUGGGUCAUGAAAGGUACAAUAGACUAUCUGUUGAGCAAGCGCCCAGUGGCUGUCAAGCUUCGGAACAUGUACAUCUUCAAGAUUGUACCCAUGUUAAAUCCUGACGGGGUCAUCAAUGGAAACCACCGAUGUUCACUGGCAGGUGAAGAUCUAAACCGUCGCUGGGAUAACCCUUGUCCAAGGUUACACCCAACCAUAUUUCACUGCAAAGGCCUGCUACAGUACCUACAAAUGAUCAACAAAGCACCAUUGGUAUACUGCGACUACCAUGGCCACUCUCGCCGGAAGAACAUUUUCAUAUAUGGCUGCAGUGCGGCGAUGUCUUGGAUUGUUAAUGAUACUAACAACCCUGGGUCCACAGGCAACAAGAUGGAAGAUAAUGGAUUUAGGACAUUGCCGCGGGUGCUGGACUGUAUAGCUCCCCAGUUUUCACUAGCCAACUGCAGUUUUGUCGUGGAGAAAACAAAGGAAACAACAGCUCGCAUGGUUGUGUGGCGCCAGAUCGGGGUCAACAGGUCGUACACAAUGGAGAGCACUUACUGUGGCAUGGAUCGAGAGGGAAAGUUCAAGGAUCAACAUAUUUCCACCCACAUACUGGAAGAGAUGGGUCACAGGUUCUGUGAGGGUCUUCUAAGGCUGGGCCGGGGCAGGGGUAACCUGUAUGAGACAAACCUCACCAUGCCCUGUGAGACCAGCCUAGAACAGCUUGGGGCGUAUGGAAACCUGCAGGGAGAGUAUCUAGAGGAGGAUAACAGUGAUGAAGCAGCUGAUUUGAGAGAGGCUAGGGGUGAGAAGGGCUUCAGUGAUGAUGUCCUCGCAGAUGACGAGUCUUCAUCGUAUAUAGAGUCAGGCGAUGAAGACGAUGUUGAUGAGUUGUGACAACCAAGGAGGGGACAGGAGGACGCUCCACAAGACAACAGUGUAGGAAAAUCUGAUAGUGUAGGAAAAUCUGAUAGUGUCAGAAAAUCGAGGAAAACUGGGGUGAAAAGGGGUAGAAAACGUGCAGUAAAGAGAAAUUUAGAUGAUGGAAUUGAUGCUGAUAAUAUUGUUGAUGGUAAUGGUAUUGAUAAUUUAGCUAAAGAAGAAGAUAAAAAUCCGGAAAGUUCUGAAACUGGUGGUAGUGGCUCAAUUGUUAAGGACUCUGUGCAUGAAGAAGCAGUAGAUGCUGAAUCUGAAGCAUUAGAAGAGCAAGGUGAAGAGCCAGAUAAUGAUGAUCAGAAACCAUGUACAGAAAAUGAUGAAGUGAAAGACGAUGCAAAUGAUACUGCUAGGAAAACAAGUGAUGACGUUGUAGAAACUUCUGAAACCAGUAAAUACAACACAAAUACUGCUGAGACCAGUGAUAUGGAAACAAAACCAUUGAAUGACCAAAUUGCUGCUAUUGCAGCGAGGAUUGCAUUGUCAGUGGAGACAGAGCCUUUGUCCCCUCAAGACUGGAAAUUGCCAAAGGGGAAGACAGCGGAUCCUUCGACAGUUUGUGUUCUACUUUAGAGUCAUCUGGUUGAUCAUUGUGUGUUUAUUCUCAUUGUUUUGGGUGAUUGAUGUGUUGUUAUUAGGUGAUUAUGUUUUUUAUUCUUUGGAAAAAAGCGGAAAGUUUAUUUUUAAAAGGGGCCUUUUAGAUGGCAUAUGUCGGUGUUUGUAGUAAUGAUUUCGGACAUGUUUUCGCGGAAAGCCAUAAAGACAGUUUGUUUUUAUUGUUAAAUACACCUUUACAGUUAUUUUUUUAACAAACAAUUAAAACACCAGGGAAUUACACCAAAAUCUAUCUCCUUUUAGAGAGGCAGGGCAAUAACUAUCUCCCUGGGAAAAGGUCUUUGUUAUUGUACAUACACAUUUUAGCUGCAAAUUGGUGAACAUGUACAUGUUUCUUUGCAUUUGGAAUGAAAUCUGUAGCUUACUGUGCAUAUAGCUUUGAAAGUUAUUUAAUUCUCAAUGCGAAUUGCUCACCAUUAUCUUAAACCAGUACAUUAUUCAUACAUGUAUUUGCAAACUAUUUCAUUCAGUUAGAACCUAGUCUUUUCAUCUUAGGGAAAGUUAUAUACCCGGUACACAUUUAUAACCACAUCUUCAAACACCAUUUAUUUUAAUUCAUUAUAUUCAUGAAUCUUAAAUUUUGUAUUAUUUCAUAGCAAAAUGUUUUUUUCAUCAAAAUAUGGUCAUUUUAGCAUAAAUAUAUGUUUUGUCACAUAACUGCCACUUGUAGAAUAUGCAUUUUAUGUAUUCUGUUGCCAGUUUUAUUUUUUUAAUGAUUUUUAUCUUUAGCUCUACUGGCCAUAGGCCAGAAGUGCUUAUUCAAUGGCAUGGUGUCCGCCGUCUGUGUGUUUGUAAACAAUUGUUUGUGAAUGCAAUAAAGUCGUCAGUUUUGAUUGUAUCUUACAUCAAACUUAUACAGUAGUUAAAUAUCCAUCAGAGCUCAUUUCCUUACUAUAACCAGCCAGAUCCUCAUAUGCAUAUCUGGAUUAUGGCCUUUGAAUUCACGCCAGUACAGCAUAGGUCCUGUUGGGCCUCCUGUUUUUAUUGCACAAUUUGUGCUUUUAUGUGUUUUUCAAGCAUUCCAAGCUUUCUAAAAGCAUUGUCCUAUGAUAGUUCUGAUUUUUAGCCUUAGUUUAAAUGUCAAAAAAUAUGGAAACUGCAAUAAGAAGCAAUGUCUAUAAAUGUGCAAAAACCCUUUAAGCAAACUUGUUACUUCUUGUUUAUUUCUGUAUUGUUGUACAUAAAAAGUAAAUAAACUGAACAUACCCUUUUCUUAAAAGACUGGGGGCCAAGAGUCCUAAGAGAGGUUUCAUACAUAGGAGUGAUUUUCAGCAAUGUUUAACUACUGUUGAAAAUCUCCCCUAAGGGCAAAAUUGCUCCUAGGAGUCUUGAUAACACAGCCACCACAAUAUUAUUAAAGAACUCUGAACUAUGACUGAAAGCUAUUAUAGGUUUUUGAGUGUUCAAUAAAAUUGACUGUGAUAGUGUUUUUUUGGAUUGAAUUACAUUUUAAGCUUGUCUGGUUUUCAAAGAAAAAAAAGUGAAGUUAUUGACAGAGCCUUGGUGUCGUUGUUGUAUUGUAAAAUCAGUAAGCUUGGCCAUUACUCAAAAACCAUCAAGAUAAUCACAUGAAAGUGAUGAAACUUUGUACAAUUGUUACUGGUGAAAACAUGCACAUGUAUAGCAAGGCAAGUAACUCUGGAAUGAAUAAACAUGCAAAAUCAUUUACUUGGCCGUUACUCAAAAACCAUCAAGAUAUUCACAUGAAUGUGAUGGAACUUUGUACAAAUGUUACUGGUGAAAAGAUAACUUCACGAAACUUCGUUCACAAAUUACCAGCGACAAUAUCUGGAUUUAAUAGUUGUUGAGUUACACCCCUUGUUUGUCUGAAAAAAACGACAGACAAGCAAUGACGUUUGAUCCACAGCGCUCUUGUUUUUUUUUGUGGUCAUAAUAUCUGAGGCAUAAAUAUGAUGAAGUCUUAUUAAACAUAUGCAUUUGACUAUACCUCAUAUGUAUAGUAAGCUGUCACACAGCUUUGUUAGUGAAUAUUUUUAUAUGUCUGUGAUAAAUGUUUACAUGAUGAUUAUUUUUGCUUUUGCUUGUAUAUGUGUCAUUAUCGGAGAGAUAACAAAACUCUUCUUGUAUGUGUAUGUGAAUGUGUAGAUAUGUGUACACAUUGAGUUUUUUUUUAAGUUAGCGCAAGGUGGGGGGGGGGGGGGGUUAAGGCCUUUUAUUCUGUUGCUAGGCCUAUCAUCAAUUAUGGUUGAUUUAAGCAUCUGAUGCAUUCUCAUGCAUAUCAUCAAGUAUGGUCUAUAUAUGAUUGUGGUGCCAAUUUAGUCAAACCUUCAAAAAUAUUUAAUUUGUAGAAACAUUACAAAAGGCAACCAGGCGGUAUUCUUUUCCUUUCCACAACUUUGUGUUCAUUUUUUAACCAGUUAUAGUGCAUUAUGCACAGAUCAUAAAAAAGUAUGACAUUUUACAACUAAGAAUUUUAUUGAAAUAGGUCCCUGUAAACGACACAAUAAAUAGUCCUCACAUACAAGUAGUGUUUACAAUAUCUCUAAAAAAUACCAUUGCUUUUUCAAUUUUAUUUGUACAUAAUAUGGUUGUUGUAAUAGUUUAGACUGCCUUUGUUUGAUUUAUGUAAAUAUGUGUUAAUGGCUUGGGAUAGUUUUAACAAUUUCGAAGUUACGAAUAAAGAGAUUUUAAAGCAUAAUCAGUAAGUUAUGGCUUAUUUGGGUUGUUUCCAUUCAUUUUAUUUAUGUUUGUUUUUCUAGUGAUAAUUAUGGGCCCCUGCAACAUGAGAUUCUGAAUAGAAUACAGGCUCCUAAAAUGAUUUGCACGGCCGGUUUUUUGUUCAAACUAUGAUAAUUAGACUAAAAAGUGAAUAUACAGAUUUUUCAGCUUAAAAAUAAGUAACAAAGUUAAGAAAAGUUUCAGACAGACUAAAGUAAACCAUGGUCUUUUUAGCCAGGGGGUUGUUUAAAUAUAACUUCACUUAUCUUAAAAUUGUAUAAAUUUAUAGAAAUAGCCAUACAUCGAUUUGUUUUAUUUCCUCAACUUACAAUUCAUUUUCAAUGUUGACUAAAGCUCAAUAUAUAUACCCCAGAAUUCACACAACUGGGUUUUCCCUUGCCGGUACAAAAAAAGGUGAAUUUCGAGCGAUUGAUAUUCAUGUAUCAGUCCAAGGACUCUAUUGUUUCUGAAGUAACAUGUGUGUAUUAAAACGGUAAAAUUUUGUUUGUACCUGUGGAUUAGCUUUGGAAAACCAGAAUAUCUAUAAUUCCGGGCUUAAACUAUUCACAUACAUGCAGGAAUAUAAUAAAAUUAUGGCAUUAUGAUCAUUUCAAUUUAUGACUAAAAUCAACUAAGAUCUUUAUCGAAACUACCCCCUGCCACUGUUAAUUACGUUUUCCUGAAUUCCAAAUUUAAAUAUGAUUAGUAGUGAUAGUUCUUUUAUUAAAGUGGUUGAACUGAAUUUGAAUUUGUUUCAGCUUUACUGUUAUUUUUUUUGUAUAUAUUGUUGGAUUGUUAUUUUGUUAAGUAGCACCAUUUGUUAAACAGAUUUUAAUUUUGUAUGAAAAAUAUUUCAAUAACCCAAGGAAUGUUCAAUUAAUAGUUAAAUUAGUUUUUUCAGCUUACCUGUUUUUACAAAAUGCAAGUUAAGGUAUCGUCAUAGCAUUGGUGUUAUUAUUGUCGUCAUCGUGCAAAAUUUUAAUAUUGGCCACUGGCCAGACAUAACCUGGAAACUGUGACGAAUGAUAGAACAAUACCUAGAUCUGCAAGCAAUCCCAUUUGGCAAAAGUAUUUGUUUAGUUAUGGCUGUUGAUUGACUUAGAAUAACAGAUGAGCAUUUCUCUUGGUUCGUAGAAGUAGCAGAUUUCAAAACUCCAAUUUUGUUAAAUGUUUUAAUCUGUUGUACCCCAUGUUGAGAGAUAAGAAAA